AUGUCCUCUUUGGCUGAUACGCUCGCGACAUUAAACGGCGUGGUUUCCAAUGCGCUUUCCCUCAUCGACCAGGUUGAAGCUGUCGUAGCCAACAUCGCCCAAGGCCCUUCAAGGGUUGACGCCUCCCUACCAACUGAGAGCCAACAGGGCUUAUCCAAUGCCUCCCUUGACGCGCUAUCCCUUGCGCACGACUCAGCAGCCUUGAUCAAGGCGCAUGCCACCAAAAUUUCCCUGUUCAUUAUCAACGAGCCUUUUACCCCGACAGCCAUCGUUAAGGUUCUCCGAGAGCUUACAGCAGGGCCUGUGGCCGGCUUGGCCUCCUCAGUCCAGCUUUGUACGGCGGAGAGAUAUACCCGGGAAAUUCAGCAGGAUUUGGCCUGGCAGAGUGGGCGUGUGCUUCGCGAGCUAAAAAAACUUCUCUCCAGGGUCCCAAAGGACGGCAAGGUUCUCUCCAACGACAAGAAAAACGCCUCCGCUGGUGCAGCAGCGGGUAGAGGAAGUAUAGCAACUACCGGCGUUCUCUGGGCCGCUUGCGAUGACCUUAUCACUGUUGCCUCGCGCGGGUUCGCUGGCAAUCUUGUGCACAAGGUUGAGCAGUUGAAAGACACGCUCAAAGAUGUUAUCGAGGAGCUGAAGGAGUGGGGGGAGGAGACCGGUGGUGAUGAAUCCGAGAAUGGGGAUAGCAAUGACGAAGAUGGGGAGGUUGACGAAAUUACCCAAAGCAUGGAAUCCGCAGGGAUAUCGACAACUCAGACUACUCAGGAUAUGCUGGAUGAGCUCAUGAAUUCGCAUCAAUACAUCCCCCGCGACGAUCCAGACAAGAUCCGCGAGCGUCUCGAGUCUUGCCUCAGGAGGCUCCGUCUUACGGCUCUACUUUACCAGGCCACUGUGAAGCGUAGACUUAAGUCUCUCCCACAACAACCGCCAAGUCCCGCCUCGCCCAUCGCUGCCCGCCUUGACGAGAUCUUUCCUUUGCUUAAAAGGAUACCCGAGAGGUGCGAGAACCUGGCUAUGGCAUUCUAUGACCUGGAACCUCUGGAAAUCGAUCGCCUGAUGGACCAGUGUUUCUUCGACGCAUUUGCUGUGUCCGAGCUGCUCGUCAAGUCAUGGAAUGGCCAGAAGGACGAGUUCACCGAUUGGGCCCUCAAGUUCCAGGUCGAAAUCAAGAAGAGUUAG